GAUUGGAGGUCAGUGAAAGAAAAAAAUUGCACUGACUGAUGUGCGUGCAUGUCAGUAUUACUGUCAGAUUAAAAAACGAGUAUAUCCAAUAUCACCAUCAGACACAUCAACUGCCUGGAUGCCGACGUGAAGCCAGUACUGCCGGACACACACAAAGCCUAAAAUGACCGAUGUGCUGACCCCUGAGGUGUAAAUGGCGUCCAAAGUGAGAGAUGCUGUGGUGUGGUACCAGAAGAAGAUUGGGGCCUAUGAUCAGCAGAUAUGGGAGAAGUCUGUGGAGCAAAGGGAAAUCAAGUUUAUUAGACUGGGCCUGAGGAACAAGCCAAAGAAGACCGGCCAUGUGAAGCCAGACCUCAUCGACGUGGACCUAGUGAGAGGCUCAGCGUUCGCCAAGGCCAAGCCUGAGAGCCCGUGGACCUCCCUGACCCGGAAGGGCAUCGUGAGGGUGGUCUUCUUCCCCUUCUUCUUCAGAUGGUGGAUCCAGGUCACCUCCAGGGCCAUCUUCUUCCUGCUGCUCUCCCUCUAUCUCCUCCAAGCGGCGGCGGCGGUGUUGUUUUUCACCGUGCCGCAGACCCGCGGGAUCCCUGUCACCGAGGUGUUCGGCGGCAUAUGGCUGAUGCUGCUCCUGGGGACCGUCCACUGCCAGAUCGUGUCCACGAGAACCCCCAAACCCACCCCCAGCAGCGGGGGCAAGAGGAGAAGGAAGUUAAGGAGGGCAGCUCACUUGGAGGUGCAUAGGGAAGGCGAUGGCUCUAGCACUACAGAUAACACACAGGAGGGGGCGCUGCGCUGCUCCGGGUCUGCAGCCACUCACAGCCUUGCUGCUUUCUUCAGAGAGCUCUGGCAUGAUAUCUUUAAAACGGGGUCCAAGAAGUCGAAGAUGUCCAUCGACAAGUCGACGGAGACGGACAACGGCUACGUGUCCCUGGACGGGCGGGUGACCAGCAAGAGCAGCGAGGAGGGCCUGCAGCUGCACGAGCCCCUGUGUGACCUCCUGCGCCCUGAGGAGACCUGCUGGGGCUCUGUCCCGCCCCAGAACAGCCUCCUGCUGCCCCCCAUCGGCAAGGAGCCCCCCAGCCCUCGCAGCGUGGAGAACAUGUCCGACGAGGCGUCCAGCGAGGAGGACCCUGAGGCCUCCUACAGCGCCAUCCGCCGCGGCGUGGAGCGCAUGAACAGCGACUGCACACUACGCAACAGGAAGACGCAUCACUACAAGAAACACUACCCCGCUGAGGAGACGCCCAAGUCGGGCACCAGCUGCAGCUCGCGCUGCUCCAGCCUGCGGCAGGACUCGGAGAGCACGCGGCACGAGUCGGAGACGGAGGACGUGCUCUGGGAGGACUUCCUGCACUGCGCCGAGUGCCGCUCCUCCUGCACCAGCGAGACCGAGGGCGAGGGCGGCGCCGUCUGCCCCGCCCCCAAGAAGGAGUACCGGGACGACCCCUUCCACCAGGGCCACGUCCCGUGGCUGCACAGCUCGAACCCGGGCCUGGAGCGCGUCAGCGCCAUCGUGUGGGAGGGCAACGAGUGCAAGAAGGCCGACAUGUCCGUGCUGGAGAUCAGCGGCAUGAUCAUGAAUAGGGUGAACCUCUACACGCCGGGGAUCGGGUACCAGAUAUUUGGGAAGAUGGUUUCCGUGGUGCUGGGGCUGACGCCGUUCGCCUACAGGCUGUCCCAGUACAAGGACCUGGAGCAGCUGGCCACCCUCUCGGCCCGCGAGCUCGUCUCCGUCGCCUUCGGCUCCAGCGGCGACGCCAUGGUGAUCACCAUGGUGACCAUCAGCUUUGUGGUGCGCGUGUGCCUCAUCUGGCUCUUCUUCUUCCUGCUGAGUGUGGCGGAGAGGACCUACAAGCAGAGGCUGCUGUUUGCCAAGCUCUUUGGCCACCUCACCUCUGCCAGGAGGGCCCGGAAGUCCGAGGUUCCUCACUUCCGCUUGAAGAAAGUGCAGAAUAUUAAGAUGUGGCUCUCCCUGCGCUCUUACCUGAAGAGGCGGGGCCCACAGCGCUCAGUGGAUGUCAUUGUGUCCUCUGCGUUCCUGCUCACCCUCUCUGUUAUCGUCAUCUGCUGCGCCCAGCUGCUCCAUGUCCAUGAGACGUUCCUGGAGUGUCACUACAACUGGGAGCUGGUGAUCUGGUGCACCUCCCUGUCCCUCUUCCUGCUGCGCUUCGUCACACUGGGAUCCGAGACCAGCAAGAAGUACAGCAACACCUCCAUCUUACUGACAGAACAGAUAAAUCUGUACCUGAAAAUGGAGAAGAAACCAAAUAAAAAAGAAGAACUGACCCUGGUGAAUAAUGUGCUGAAGUUAGCCACCAAGCUACUGAAGGAGCUGGACACCCCCUUCAGACUGUACGGGCUGACCAUGAACCCCCUCCUCUACAACAUCACACAGGUGGUGAUCCUGUCGGCCGUGUCAGGGGUCAUCAGUGACCUGCUGGGGUUCAAUCUGAAGCUUUGGAAGAUUAAAUCGUGACAGGAAGCUAUGUGAAUUCAGCAGGCCCUCAAGCUAAGGGAAGAAAUACACUUGACCAGAGGAGGGCGCUGUUGAGGCUGACUACAGACUCUGAUAAUGAACUGUGGCCCUUUUCCCGGACAAAUCGAAGUGCUUACAUUUCACGUACUUGUGCAAUUCAGAUAUUUAUUUUACCCUUUCAGUGUUUUAGGUUUUUUGCCUUUUGUUUUAGUGACAUGUUUUAAUUGAAAGUAUUAUUUCUUUGGCAGCAGAUAUGUGUUCUCAGAGGUAUGCUCACACCGCAGAGAUGACAUCCAAGUGAAAUCUUGGGGUGGGGGGGCUGUGGACAAAGCGAAGAGUUACGGCACUUUUGUGUAUGCGUGCAUGCGUGUGCACUCGCAUACGUUUGCACGCAUUGUAUAUAAUGCAGCUCUUCAAAGAAUCACAUUUAUUUAGCGUAGACGUAGUCAGUUCACUGUGAACACUACAGGACAUCGUGGUCUCAGAACGACAGACUCAUCGCAUUGUGGAAAA